AGAAUAUUUCCCAGCCAAGUCGGCUCUCGCAUGCACGUACUUCAACACGAAUCAACAUACCUCCAUCGUCAUUCUAGGUUGCGUUCUAACUGAUUGGAACUUGAAUCUGAUCGAGCGCAGUUCCUGUCGGGAUGUUUCGGUCACUUCUUGCACCAUGGCAAAGUCACGAAGACUUCGCGCCCACUUUGCCUGCAAUUAACAUCACUGGCGGCGGUGCCUCAGAUCCCAGCAACAGCGGUGAACGUGUAGCAAAACAAACCAUGCGAGAUAUGAUAGAGGACUUGAAAGUAUCGGAGACAGUAGUCGCGAAGACGACUCUCCUGCAACGAAUUGCUACUCUCGUUCGUGAAGUACCCGAAACGAAAGACGCGUUUCGCAGUUCAGAUGGGUUUCUCUUGCUGGUUCACGUGCUCUCUACACUGUCGACGACGAUCGGACGACGAGGAUCCCAAUCGACGCGUGAUGUCGCGGCUUGUAUCAAGUCAGUUUUCACGUUGGCCUCCGAGGCUUUGAAGGGACAUGCAGCGAAUCUUGAGUUCUUCGAGGAAUUCAUUGGUUACUCUUCGCUUUCUGAUGCUGUGGACCCACUGGUCUGUAAUGCACUGACUGCGGAUGUGACGCUCGGGUGCUUGCUAGCUCUUUCAUUUGGUGAUCUAUUUCUUGUGGAAUUUUUCAGCUCGUUACGAACAAAAUUGCCUGAGACCGAAGCGAUGCACAUCCAUUUCCUGGAAUUUGCACCCGGUCUAGCCAGUAUCAGCCUUCCCGGAGCAUUCAAUGUUCUUUGGAGCUUUGUUCUGCGAACCAUGAAUACGGAUCGCGCCUUGAGGCUCGCUGUCUACCGGCUUCUAGAACAUCUGACGCAUAGCACGCAUAGAAAUCUCGCCAUCCUAAGCAUGCAAAAUAUCUUGCCACAUCUUUUCAAAUCGUGGAAGGCUAAUAUGAGUAGCGCCGGAGAUGACGAUAAGGAGCACCGUAUCCUAGCAAACAUUCUUCGCCGUCUUUUCGAAAUGGGUGCUAGUACCCAAAACUCGAGAGAUUUGCUGCAGUCCACUGCGAAGCAAGAUGGAACUGUAGAUGCAGACAUGUUCGAACUUCUGCGCUCAAGUGCAAAGUCGAGGUGGCCACAGCACUUCUCACUUGAUGGCCGUUCUGCAUUUGCAAUGUCGUCCACAGAAAUGAAGACUCUCCCUGCCCAUGGGUUCACAUUCAUGGCCUGGAUUUGGCUCGAAAGGAUGCCAUCGGAACCACAUAAGUUGCUCAGCAUAUCUUUUGGGCCCAACGAAGCCGUGGCUCUCUCUGUCGGUAGCAACGGGGCGUUAGCCUUGCGAACACGCGCCGUUCAAAAAGUUGAAAUGCUUCCAAAGUCAAAACUGACAACUUCUCGAUGGACUCAUGUCACCCUUGUGCAUCAUAACCAUAGAUCAUCGCAUCCUUCCGUCUGCUUGUUCGUUGAUGGCGUUCUAACUGACUCAUUGCAAUGGGCAUAUCCGAAGUUCGAUAAUAUGUCGCCUGCAACUUUCAUGGUAGGAGAUGACAUUGCCAAAGUUGAAUCUAGCUGGUGCGUGGCUUCUGCCUACCUGCUUUCCGUCGCACUCGAUGACGACAUUCCGAGAUUUAUACACCACCUGGGCCCCCGAUAUUCUGAUUCAUUCCAAGAUCAGACUCUCAUCAGGUUCCUGACGUACGAAGCGUCGACCUCGCUCAACAUGCAUAUUGCAGCUCAAGGUGCAUCGCUGCCUGAGAAUUCGCAACUCAAGAAGGCUAUUCGCGGAGAUUCGAUUAUUAGUGAUUCAUCGAUCAUAUUUCGUCUCGUCCCACAACCGCACGACAAAAAGUACCAAAUUGUGACUCGAGGCGAUGUAUUUACAGUAUGCUGUCAGACGCUGGACCUUGCCGUGUGGAAGAUUGGCGGGGCGGCUCUAUUGCUGCGCCUAGUAGCACUUGCUCAAACGCCGCAUGAACUUUCUAGAGCAUUAGGCGUCUUUUCUGACUGUCUUCGCAACAGUUGGCAAAACUCUGAUGACAUGGAAAGGUUACACGGUUAUGAUGUUCUUGCAAACACGCUGAGAGCUCGAAGUCAUCUCAUAAACAUGACUAGCUUUGAAACAUUGUUUGAAUUCCUUGGUCUAAAUUUCCGUUCUCCGGAUUUAUCCACUGUUGUCAACACCAUCGCAUACAGAGCCGUUGCACUUGACUUUGAGCUGUGGUCAAAAACUAGUACCGACAUCCAACGGGCUCAUCUCGAACAUUUCGCCUUCCUGUUGCGUGCCAGUCGAUAUAGAAAUUUCACCAUCAAGAUGCGAUUGUCGAAACUAGGCAUCGUGCGCAAGCUAUUAUUCGCCAUUCAGUCGACCUGGUACCCGCAAGAAUCUAUAUCACUUGUCGUCAACACGCUGGUGCUUGUUGCACAAUCAUCAUUUACAGCGGAGGAAGCGAUCAAACCAAUUGUUUCUUACAUAGCUGCCACCCUUGCUGAAGAGUCCCGAUCAUCGUCUUCAUCGUCACCUCGAUCAACAACGUCCCGUGGAGACUUGCUAAGAUCAAGUACGAGGGAUAAAGCCGAGCAAGUCCUUGAAGCCCUUGUUUCUAUGAUGCGCAUCCCUUCGCUUCACUCCAAGCUUGCUGGUGCACUUCCUAUGCCGCGGAUUUGUUUACUGUUGCUUGGGAGCCAACCUUCCACACAUACUGCCUGCCAAGUGCUUGGCAUGCUUGGCCUCACCCUGAAAGCCUCGUUGUCAUCUGGCAAAAACUUCGAGUCGGCUGGUGGUUGGGGCAUUCUCAGAACUGUGUUACCUCGAGUCUGGGAUCGCAGUGUACAUGAUGCAGCUUUAGAUAUCCUCCCUGGGCGCCCUGGAGAUAGAUCCGAUGAUGACUCAGGAUCUCCUCAAAUGUUGCCCGUGUUUCUCUUUGCGUUAUAUCAAGGACUGUCAAUCGGGAACAACAGUGCUGAGUCCGAUGACGCUCCCUCAAAAGAUGCGAUCAUCUGGAUUCUCGAUGACUUAACAAAGCUGCACGAGUCAAGUUCAUCGUUCCGCCGCGUCUUCAGGUCCCAGAGCACUGCCCAGCUACUUCUUGAUGGCCUCAAUAUAUUCUCUCCCAUGAGGCAGCCUCCCGGGGUCCUGGAUGCCAAAAUAUCCGUCAAACUAACGCACUUCGGAUUACUUGUAGCGAUGGGCAAGCACAUAUCUGCGUCUCAAAAGCAACAGAUUCUUGAUAUCGUUCGCCCUGGCGCUCAUCUUGCUCAGGCAGACACGGUCCGUAAAGCGUCUGCACAUCUUGAAGAAUGGCGAAAGACGAUUCUUGUUUCGGAGCGCAAACGCUUCAGACAGAUUCUAUUAGACUUGCAGGAAAAGCGACGUAGAAUCGCAUCUUUUGAAGAAAGUGUGUCUGCAUCAACGACCGAACGUGAUAUUUGGCCUCAUAUAGCUCGGAAACGUGUAUGGAAAUUGGACGAGACCGAAGGACCGCAUAGAGUCAGGUUAAAGAUGGAGAGCCUCUUGGAAAUGCUUGUGCAGGACUCGAGGUCUGCUGGUCUCGAGGAAGCUUCGCCAGCCUUGGGUUCAGAGUUACUGUCUCUGUCCCAGUCAGAACUUACUUCUCCGAAUACGGUGGUUGUUCCAUCUUGGACAGGCGAAGACGACGGUCAGCUUGCUGAAGAGAUAACCGAGGACAAACUCAGGAGAGUGAGGCAUCAACUCGAGCCUGGAGAUGUCAUCGAAGCUGUUAGUACUGUCUGCCGAAUAGCCGGCGUCGAUUCUUUUCUUGGCAUGUUGAUCUUCGGGCGUACCCACCUGUACAUGUUGGAAGGCCUCGUAGAGAAUAGUGAAGGCGAAGUUAUUGACGCAGCUAAUGCGCCAGAAGGAUUGUUCCUUAUAUCUGGGAGUGCCGUGGACGUUCGGAACUCGCAUCGGGCUCAACGAUGGUCAUUAGAGCAAGUAUCAGGCUUCUCUGACAGGAUGUUCCUUUUCCAGGACGUAGGGUUCGAGAUCUUCUUCAAAGAUAGCCGUACACUGCUGGUUAUUUUCCUCGAUGGGUCACGUCGCCAAGCGGCUUCCCAGAUGCUCUUGUCGAUAGCCUUGAAAACGAGGACGUCCGAUCCCAGCCCCUCACCUGGAUCUAUUAUACCCAAAUCGCUUUUGAAAAGUAGAUCAUCCACUAGCGCAGUAGAGAAAGAGCUCCAAUUGGCGCAACGGCGCUGGCAGAAUAGAGAACUAAGCAAUUUUGGUUAUUUGAGUAUUCUCAAUCAAUCGUCGGGACGUACCCCAAACGAUGCAACUCAAUACCCCGUUUUUCCUUGGGUUCUCAAUGACUACGUUUCAGAGGUGCUGGAUCUUUCAUCUCCUAAUGUGUUUAGAGACCUCACAAAGCCUAUGGGAGCUUUGACUGCCGAGCGUCGUGAGGCUGCGGAAGCUCGCUAUGCUAACCUGAGCAGUGUUGACGAAGAACCAUUCCACUACGGAACACACUUCAGCUCGUCGAUGAUCGUUUGCCACUUCAAUAUUCGCAUGCAGCCGUUUACCAGUAUGUUCAAGACGCUACAGGGAGGAGACUGGGAUUUGCCCGAUAGGCUUUUCAGCGAUAUCAGGAGAGCGUAUUCAUUGGCAUCGCAUGACAUCCGAGGGGAUGUGCGUGAAUUGAUACCUGAAUUCUUUACUUGUCCAGAAUUCCUCGAGAAUUCAUCAAAUCUCGACUUCGGUAUUUCUCAAACUACCGGAGAACGGAUUCACAAUGUUAAACUGCCUGCGUGGGCGAAAGGAGACCCGUUCCUGUUCAUCGUAAUGCAUCGCCGUGUUCUUGAGAGCCAUUACGUCAGCGAGAAUCUUCCUGCUUGGAUAGAUCUUAUAUGGGGAUGCAAGCAACGAGAGGUGGAUUCUACGAACGUUUUUCACCCUCUCAGUUACGAAGGCGCAAUUGAUCUGGACAAAAUUACCAACGAUCUUGAACGACAAGCUACUGUUGGAAUUAUCCACAAUUUCGGGCAAACUCCCAAGAAGCUCUUUACCUCACCACAUCCACCUCGAAAUCUUGAAGGGUUCCUGAGUCUCCCUGUCACGAUAACCCGUGGUGUCCCUGAGGACGCACUUGCGUUAGUAAGAGAUUCGGAGCCUUUCAAGGUCGUGCUGGACGGUGCCGUGUCGAAUAUCUCUGCCGACCUGUUUGAUGGGAAAUAUGGCGGUGUGCGUCCGUUGCCUCGUGGAACGAUCGUCCUCCCUUCGAUUGGUCAUGAACAAAUCGAAUGGGAUCAGAACGCGAGUGACCGCUCACUGCGAUUGGUAUCCCAUGGAAAAGUCACACAAGUUAUCGAGCAAGUAGCACUCGCGUGUGCUGCCUUCGCGGACCAGGACACUCUAGUAACGGGUUCUGGUGAUAAUAUUGUGCGUGUUUGGCGCGUCAACCAAGGUCAAGUGGCGCCUUCGAGUUUUGUUGGAGCUUCGGGACGGUCUCGCAGGCAUGCAUCUUCAACGCUGUCGAUGACACAUCUCCUCAGAGGACACACUCAACGUGUGGCGUGUAUUGCAACAUCGCGUACAUGGUCCGUUAUCGUUAGUGGCAGCGAGGACGGGAGUGCCAUCGUUUGGGACCUGAACAGAGGGUCUUACCGACAUUCAAUUUGGCACGGCAAUGAAAGCCCAAGAGCAGAAGUGUAUCUAUCUGCCAUCAACGAGUCUACGGGAUACAUUGCUACUUGUUCCGCUUCCCACUUGAUGUUGCACACAAUCAACGCGAGACCAAUUGCCAGACUCGACCCUGUGCGCACGCCAAUUACGUCUCUGGCGUUUCAUGAACGUGAAUAUUCGCAUUUGGAUAUCCUUGCCACGGGUCACGACGAUGGUUCCAUCACGCUAUGGACAUGGAACGCAGAUGGAACUCCAGCUGGAAUGCAAGCGCAAUGGGAGUUUGUUGAAGUUCGUCGGAUGAAUUCUGGAGAGGGGGCAUCUAAUAUUGCUUUAGGAUCUGUCACUGCGCUCAAGUUUAUUGGUGAACGCCUUUGCGCUGGUUAUGCUUCUGGAUUGACCUAUAUGUGGAGUAUUCCUACCUAAUGUUAAUUGAAUCGUUGAUCGUCAGACUUGGUUGAUCGAGAGAUGAUAAUCCUUAGAAGGUGAGGGAUACUGUAGCUUGAGGACUUCCUAACAUUCUGAUCACACUCAAAUCGCAUUGGCCACCAGUCUAUCAGUAGUCUAUCAUAGUAAUGAUUAUGUAAUCGUCAAUUGCUUUCUUCCU